AUGCCUACAUAUGAAAAGUUCAUGAAGGACAUCCUUACAAAGAAGAGAAGAUAUACGGAUCAAGACACAAUCAUUCUUAAUGCUAGUUGUAGCGCAAUCAUUCAAAGGACUCUACCGAGGAAAGAAAACGAUCUGAGAAGGGUUACAUUACAGGUCACAAUAGGAAAUGUUUACAUUGAAAAAUGUUUGAUUGAUUUGGGCUCUAGCAUCAACUUGAUUCCGUUAGCCAUUGUGAAAAUGUUAGGAAGCAUUGGGUUGAAAACAACAAGGAUGACAUUGCAAUUGGCCGACAAGUCUAUAACCCGUCCUCAUGGAGUAUCGAAAGAUGUGCUAGUAAAAGUGGAUAAAUUCUUGUUCCUGAUUGACUUUGUUGUCAUUGACAUGGAGGAAUACGAUGAUGCAUGA